AUGUAAUUGUUUUGUGCUUUAUACUGUGGUGAAACUGUUAAACAUAAAUUUGGGCUGAAGAACUGAAAGUAAUAAAAAACAUGGUAAAUGAAAGAUUUAUGGUAGUACAUUAUAUUUCUUUAGGGUCAAAAUGAAUAAGUUAAUGGAAAUCUAUGACAAAAAACUCACUGUGCCAACAGCAGCUGUCAAUGGUGUUAUGGGUAUUAACUCUGAUGAUGAAUACAGUUCUUCAGAAAGUGACGAUGAUGGGGAGUGUACCCAGUAUGAACAAGCCUUUGUUAAGGAAGAAAUGGGAAAAUAUGCUCAGUUCUCCACAGAUGGAACUGGGAAAAAAUAUGGUGAGGGUUCUCAGGAUUUGUGUGAUGUUGAAGGGGUAGAAGGAUUUGAUUACAAGAAUAAUGCCUUUAAUAUUUAUUCAAAUUACAAUUUCACAAAACCUUUUAUUAAAAGGGAAUUGCCUAUCGAUUCAUUCAAACAAAAGAUACUUGUCCUACUUGAAGUGGACAAUGUUGUGAUCAUACAAGGUCCCACAGGAUGUGGUAAAACCACACAAGUUCCACAAUAUAUUCUAGAUUAUUGUAGAGAAAAAAAUACAUAUUGUAAUAUAGCUGUAACACAACCUAGAAAAAUAGCUACCAUUAAUGUUGCGAGAAGAGUUUGUGAAGAAAGAGCAUGGACGUUGGGAACUAUUUGUGGAUAUCAGAUUGGAUUGGAAAAGAAAACGUCGCCUAAUGUACUGUUGACAUAUAUGACAACAGGUACGUUAUUACAAAAAAUUAUUAAUGAUAAACAACUGAACCAGUUCACCCACAUAAUUAUUGAUGAAGUUCAUGAAAGAAAUCAGGAGUUAGAUUUCCUUUUGUUAAUUGUCAGAAAAUUUCUAUUUACUAACUCUCAGAAAACAAAGGUCAUUCUUAUGUCUGCUACUAUUGAGGCAAAAGAAUUUGCUCACUACUUCAGAUGUCCAAACUUUAAUACUUUUCUUCCAGCACCUAUUAUUUAUAUCGAUAAAAAAAGUAAUUACACGAAGACAAUUUUUUAUAUGGAACAACUGAGUGUAGCUGUAGCAUCUGCUACAACAACGAUUCCAAAGUAUGACAUUGAUAAGCCGGAAAUUUCUGACGGGCUUUGGAAGACAUUUGUAUUUCUCGUUUGCAUUAUUGAUAAAUUAGAUGUAUCAGAUCCCAUAACACAUGAGAAGGUAAUUGGAAGUAUCUUAGUAUUCCUGCCUGGUAUAAAUGAAAUAGAAGAGGCUAACAAACGUCUCGAAACUCAUUUUAAUGAGUCUAGGUCUCAACCACAAAAGGUUGAAAUUGAUGGAGAAGAACAAAUAAUAAUCCCCAUCAAAUGGGAGAUAAUCCCCUUACAUUCGUCUCUUCCAAACGAUGAGCAGGCAAAGGUUUUCCGACCACCCAGUCCUGGUUGUAGGAAAGUGAUUCUCUCCACAAAUAUUGCUGAAAGUUCCAUUACCGUUCCUGAUUCUUGCUAUGUAAUCGAUUUUUGCCAAACAAAAGUUAUGACGAUAGAUCCAAUCACAAAGUACACGAGCUUAAAACUGGAAUGGGCAUCACAUGUCAACUGUGACCAAAGAGCGGGAAGAGUAGGUAGAGUUGGAAAUGGUAGGGUAUAUCGCCUAGUGCCAGAAGUUUUUUACAAUGAGAAAAUGUCUGAACGGAGUGUCCCAGAAAUUCUAAAUGCUCCUUUAGAAAGAGUUGUACUUCAAGCCAAAACUCUAAAUUUGAAAGACACGCCUUCACAAAUACUUGCUUUGGCAUUAAAUCCACCAAAUUUGAAAAAUAUUGCCAACACAAUUCUUGCGCUCAAAGAGAUGGGUGCAUUAUUACAAACUUGUCGAGGUAUCCAGUCCACUUCUGAUGGCGACCUAACCUUCUUAGGAAAAGUAAUGUCAAAGUUACCUAUUGAUGUAAGGCUGACAAAGCUCAUUAUAUUAGGACAGUUGUUUAGUUGUCUUGAAGAAACCAUUAUUAUAGCUGCUGGAUGUUCAAUUCAAAAUAUUUUCUCAAUUCCAUUCCAACAGAAAUUUAAUGCAUACAGAAAACUAUUAAUGUGGGCUGACGGAUCUUCAAGUGAUCUCAUUGCACUCCUGAAUCUGUACCGAGUUUGGCAAACAUAUAAAAGGGACAAUCAACUUGGAAAUUGGCAGGCGGAACAAAAUUGGUGUAAGAUAAAUUUAGUGAGUUUCAAGGGACUAAGAGAAUGGAAUUUAUUGGUUACUGAAAUAAAGAACCGUUUGGAAACAUUACGUAUUAAAGAAACUUCAGGACCGGGUAAAAUUUCCUUAUCUCACUUCGAAAAACCACUGAUAUUAAAGAUUAUAACUGCUGGUGCAUUUUAUCCAAAUUUCUUCAUCAAAGCGCCUGUUGAUGUUGAGACAAAAGAACGUGAUGCCGUGAAAAUAGUAGGGGGUCGCGAUCCUUUUAAAACUGUAUAUUUUACAGGAAUGGACCCUUACCAGCCCGGUCCCUUAUAUAUUAAAGCUAUUAAGCAGAUGUUGAAAAAUCCAAAUGGUGACGAAAGGGAUAUUUUUGUAGGAUUUGAUGGUAGCAGUAAAGUAUAUGUAGAAUUCAAGUCUCUUGAAAGACCAGAAAAUGUUUGUUUAUCUUUGGAUGGCGUUGAACGAGUGGCUAACCUAGUUUCUGGUAGAAUCCCUUAUGAAGUAUAUGAAGCGAUAAGAAAGCGACAGUUGGAUUACAAUUUUUCCUUACAGCUUCUGCCUACCGAAAUCGCUUGGGAAUGGGCAGAAAUAAAUGGUAUAAAAAAGAAUAGUGCACUUCAGACUUUUACCACCAUGGCAGCAAUUGAAGAGAGACAUUGCUUUUCGGAUUUAAAUUUCAGUCCCAUACCUUCUCUGGAUACUGAAUAUAUAACCCUCAAAAUUACAGAGUAUAUCGAUGCUAGUCAUUUCUGGGCUAAUACGCUUGAAAGUGAACAUUAUUUGGCAGGCAUAGAAGAAGUUUUAAAUAAACAAUUAUUGCACCAAGUACUUGCAUCAGAAAAUGUAGAAGAUAGGAAACUUAAGUUAGGGAAGAUUUAUGCAGCCCGUUAUCAUGAAGACAAUCUAUUUUACCGAUGUAAAAUAGUUGCGCAUACAACUCAUUCUGCUCAAAUAAUUUUUAUUGAUUACGGCAAUAUGCAGCAAGUUUCACCACGAGAACUAUAUUUCCUUCCUGACAGGCCAGAGUGUAACUUACCUCCUCUGAGUAUAGAAUGUGUACUUCAUGCUAUUCAGCCUUCUCUGAAACAAAAUCCCAAAGGAUUUUGGUGUGAUCGUAUUAAUAGCAUUUGUAAGAAUCAACUUGUUGGAGUAUUACUGUACGGAAAGGUACAUUCAGUUGUAGACGAUGUAGUAAAUCUGGAACUAUUCAAAAAUCAACCUAACAACCGAAUAACAAAAUCCAUUAAUCAGUUCAUGAUAGAGCAAGGAUUUGCAGAACCAGCCGUAGAAGGUUUCCUUUCAAAGGCGGAUCAUCAGAAAAGGCAAAUGGUGAUCAAGGCAGAGAAUCCCAUUCUAGAAGCAGCAAAGUUAAGCUUCGAUAAAACUACAAACUGCUAUGAAUUUAAAAUGCCAGAAACAUUUACACAUGAAAAAACAAUCAGGUUAAGAGGUCCAUUUAGUCCUCUAGAAAUGAAAUUUCACGGUUGCGUCGAGAGCUCUAUGAAUAAGUCUGUAGAUGUCGAUGGUAGUUCCGUCAACACUGUUUUACUAGAUAAUGAUCCUCAAGCUUAUCAAACAAGCUUGCUAGUAGCUGGUUACGUUGGGCAAACAGGCAAUGGGGCUCGUUUACGACUUCGUCAAACUACACUUCUACCCAAUAUUCCAGGAUUACCCAUGGUUAUAACCCUUAUAUUUUGUCCUUCAAUGAGAGUUAAAAUGAUUGACGAUGGCACCAGAGUAGCAUCAAUUCUUUGCGGCCUUGGUUACAAUGAAAUAACUAAUAAGGCUCACUACCCUGCUCAUGACUUAUCACUAACCCUAGACACUGAGUUGACUGAGGAUGAAGUUAACAGGAUCAAUCAGAUGCGCUUCCAUUUGAAUCAAGGCGUGAAGUUGAUGAGUGAUAUUUCAGAGCAAGUGGCUAGUGAGAACGAAAUGAUUAGAACUCAAAAUUGCCUUAAGAAGGAGAUAAAAGAAAAGAAUUAUUCACCCAUGAACAAUGUAAAACUUAACCUCUGCUUGACUGGAUCAGCUAUCAAUCAGAUGCGCUUCCAUUUGAAUCAAGGCGUGAAGUUGAUGAGUGAUAUUUCAGAGCAAGUGGCUAGUGAGAACGAAAUGAUUAGAACUCAAAAUUGCCUUAAGAAGGAAAUAAAAGAAUUGAUUUAUUUGAAAAGACAGACUAUUGAGAGAGCUAAUGUUAAAUUUGCAAAUAUUUGGUGGAAGAACAAUACAGAUGCAGUUAUUCUAAAACCAAAUAUGUGUGAUGAUGCAGAAGACAUAUGGCCCUUGCUGUGGUUUGUCAAACUAAAUCAAAUAGAAAAUUACGGUCCUAAUGUAAGGAAGAAUAUCGAUGACUUGGACCAAAUCGCCAGAAAAAUGAUGCCUGUACCAGAAAACUUAAAAUGUGAGUUAUGCCAGGAAUUGUUGGUUACAGUUUACGAAGUCAGGUAUCACCUCAUAUCUGAUGUUCAUAAAGAAGCUCUCAAAGUUUACUAUGAACACGUCCAGCAAUUUCAAUUUGACGAUGAUGACAGCGAUAGUGAUAAUUAAGUUGUUUUAUUAUUUGUAACAUUUAUUUUAUGUUAAAAGAAUUAAUGUGUUUGUUUCCGAGCAUUGCUAUUGUUUUAAAUAGUAAAUUUGUUGUUUUAGGUUCCUUUUCACAAUUAAGCAAAAAGUUUCUACCCUAUGGUAUUUUUUUUAUAAUAAAGAUUAUUGAUGAUUA